AGCCAAAGCACAUGGUGCUAAAGUGAUAAAUCACACUCAUUUUCCACACACUCCUUGGCAGAUUUACUUUCAACCGGAAUGUUGUUUAUCAGAAAAUCUAGCUCACAAAUUUAAGGUGUAUUUACAUUACCGUUAAGCCUUCAUCAUAUUUACAGUUGACUUCAAUCUCAGUUGUUUAUUUCAUCAGUGCGUUUGAGUUCUUAAGUACUUUGGUGACUCAAAUCCUAAAACACGUCUGAACAUAACAGCAGUAGCUCAUGUUUAGUGCCGUUUGUUCAUUCAAAUUCCCCUGAACAUCAUUUAUGGUUUUUAAUGUACCGCUGCCGUCAUAGACGAUCACAAAUUCUCUGCUUUGUCAGCAGUGGCUUCUGUUAAAAGGUUAUCAGCACAUCUUCAUGAUCAAAGAGAAAAAACGAGUGCAGCACAAGUAAGUUGCUUAAAUUACAAAAUACAGGAGGAAAUGAAUGAGGGAUGUGAAGUGCACUUCUGCUUAAAGUGAUGUGGUUUAAAACUGCACGCGCAGAGCAUCCAAAUGACCUUUAUCACUUUACAAUGAAAGAUAGUCUUUGGACCUUUGCCUUGCAUGCUGUAUAUCUUCUUAUGCAAAGCGCUUUCUAUCUGAAGCAGUUGAAACGACUGCCGUAUUAAACAAUGCAAGUGCUGUUACAGGACACCUGCUGCUUUUAUAUGAGGAAAUGAGCCGUUCUUUUUAAACUGAUGGAAGUGAUGAUCGGGAGGUUGUUCUUGGGACGUCCUUCUCCUCCUGCUGCUGAUGUUUUUCUGCAUCAAACCUCCUCUAGUGGCUGACAAUACUCUGCCGUUUGGCUGGUGCACACAUUGAGAGCACUUUUGAACCGAUUUCACUUCUUCACACUAACGAAAAGGAGAGGACAUGAAUGCGUCUUUUCAAGGUCUCCACAAAAACGUCUCCUGUUUAGACCCCAGCAACGUUGAUGACUUCAAGCGCCUGUUUUAUCCUACAGCGUACAUACUGAUUUUCAUCCUGGGACUCACGGGUCACUCUUUAUCCGUCUGUGUCUUCCUGAGCCAAUGGAGGAGCCAGAAGAGCUUCACUCCAGUCACCAUGUUAAUGGUGAACCUGCUGGUGUCGGACCUGAUGCUGGUCUGCUCUUUACCCCUGCGGCUCACCUACUACGUACUGAACUCUCACUGGCCGUUCGGUCACAUCGCCUGUCAGAUCAUCUUAUAUGUUUAUUAUCUCAACAUGUACAGCUCUGUGUAUUUCCUAGUAGCUCUGAAUGUCUUUCGUUACCUGGCACUGGUGUGGCCAUAUUUAUACAUCCGCAUUCAAACCCACUCAGUUUCUGGCAUCAUCUGUGGACUCAUUUGGGGCUUGAUGGGAUUGGCUUGCAGUCCGCUGUUGUUUGCCAAGAAGAAAUCUCACGAUGAGGGCAGUACUCGAUGUUUGGAGCUCGCACAUGACGCUGUGGAUAAAUUACUUCUCAUUAACAACGUCACGUUUCCGGUGGGCUUCGUGGUGCCUUUGAUGAUCGUCAUUUUUUGUUCGAUCUUUGUGGCGAAGAAUCUUUUGAGGCCUAGUCCUGCACUUGGUAAGACCAGACCAUGCAGGAAAAAAGCUUGUGCUUUGGUGAUCAUCAGCCUUGGGAUCUUUCUGGUAUGUUUUUUACCAUAUCAUAUAGUAAGGACUAUCUUCUUGAUCACGGAGAGGCAGAUCAAAAUGAAUGAGUUCAAAGAGUCGUGUGACUACAUAUUGGCAGUUCGUAAGGCUGCAGUCAUCACGCAUUGCUUGUGCACGUCAAACAGUUGUCUGGACCCAAUUCUUUUCUUCUUUGUUGGGGAAAACUCUAGGUCGACCUUUGUUAGAUGGACAGGUGGAAGAAAAAGCAGUUCUGGUGCUGCAGGAAGAAACCGACAGCAGGAAGAGUUGCAUGUUUUGCAGAAGUAGCACGUGAGAAUGGACAAUAACAAAGGACAGACCAGAAGUACCUCAUUCCUCUGUGGGCAUCAGAAAUAGGUUUGUGAAAGGAAAGUGUCUUGACGGAUGUGUCUGCAGGGCAUUCACACAAAUGUUGAUAGGAGGUUUAUUUUGCGUUCAUCGUAGCAUAAUUUGUUAAUGACUCUCUUGAGAAAUGAAAUCUGGGCCACAGUGCAAUUCAAUGGAAACAUUGAAAUGUGCUUCGUAUGGUUUUUGCACUGCUUGAUAUAUAAGCUUGCACUGCGCUGAACUGACCAAAAAUGAAUAAAUACAGUAAGAACAACUUCACAGAUGUAGAAAAGAAGUGCUUGUCCGUUUGAUUGAGUGCAUUUUAAUUGGCAUAUUUAAUUUAACUGUAAUAUUAAUUUAUGUAGUAAAUCAUGUUGUAACUUUUGUAGUACA